AGUCGAACCGCCGGAGAGAAGAGCGAGAGGCUGAACCGUGAGGCGGUGCGAGUACCAUCAGCUGCUGGCGUGAACAUGGCGGAGACUGCACGGGCAGUCUUCGAAUAUACACACAGUGACGGCGAAGGCGUCAAAACCACAGCGCCAACGCGGGGGCGCGGCUGUGGAAGAAAAAGAAAAGGAACACCUAUGAAAGUCUUUGUCACGAGCACAGAAGAAGAAAGUGCUCCCGAGCAGAAGUUCAGCCCAGGUGAUUGUAUGGAUGCAGCAAAAAGGAAGCAGCCCGCUCUGGACGAGCUGGCUUCACACACAUGCGGCCCAUCAGAGCAAACCGAAGGGAAAGUUCCAACUGGGUCCAGGCACCGCUCCACUUCCACACCCGUUCCGUCUCCAGUGGCCUCAUCCAGUCCAACCCCAGCACCUGUUCCUGCCCCAGCUGUCACGGCUUCUGCCCAGGCCCGCUCUCUGACGCCUGCGUCCACAGUGCCGGUGGCCCCGACCGCCUCUGCUCCGGCUCCUGCCACCAGCCCCUUCUCCCCCUCCCCCAACUGCCGUAUACGAGAAGUCCACUGUGGCACUCAAGUGCGGUUGGUUGUCAUUGCCAUUCGGGACAUCUCCAAGGGGGAGGAAAUCACCGUUGACUACAGCCUGACUGAGUGGGGGGAGAAUCUGGGUUUCCGGACCACUCUGUCUCCAGCGCCAAACGAGUGUAUCUCUGACAUCGAGAACAGCAAUGGCGUCAAAAAGGAAGAUGAGCCAGUUCCUCUGACGGUCCAGCAGCGACAGCAGCAGCAGGACUAUGUCACCCCCUCUUGGUCCCUUUCUCCAUCCUCAUCCCCCAUCUCCCACUCUGAUGCUAGCGAGUCAGACGCUGGAGAUGAGGACCGCUGCAGCCCACGAGGACGCCCACUUCGCCGGCGAAAAAAGCGCCGUGGCACCCCUUCAAAGAAAAGGAAAACCCACGGGCCCGGGCGUCCCACACCACCCUCCUUCUCCAGCGCUCCUCAGUUCUCUCCUUCCUGCUCAUCUUCCUCUUCUCCCACUAAAUCUGCGUUCAAACCUCCGGCAGCUUUGAGUUCUGGAAGCUCCAUAAAUCCCGUCAGAGGAGCUGUUUCCACAGAGUCUGUGCAGCAAACAUGUGAACACUGUGGACGCCACUUCCGCUCCCUGGGCCGCCACCUUGAUAAACACCACUCCCACCAGCCCGAAGUGUGCUCCGCCCUGGUCGAACGCUACACACAAACACCCCGUCUUAAUGCAGGAGACCCAGCAACGGCUCACACUCAGCAACACUCCAAAUUUCCACACACUCGCAGCUCGGAGCCAGCACGUAAUGGUGUCCAGGACCUGUCCAUGUCCCCGCCCACCCUCAGUGCAGCCAACCAAUCCCCCGCCUCCUCUGGAAGAGCCUCCAUGCCUCCUGUGCUGACUCCACAUCAAGGACAGAACGCCGUCGCUGUGUCCGUCUUAAAAAGGAGCCCGCCCCCUGCGGGGAGGACCCAGACAAAAAAAGGAGCAACCGCAAGACUGAGGAAUGAAAGACGGGUAGACGGAGAGGAGGAUGAACAAGAAAUCGACGUUGUAGCCAUAAGAGAGCUCAAAGAGGAAGAUGAUAUGGAGCUGACACGUCCUCAGUCCUACAGCAGCAAGUCAACCAAGGUGGGAGAGCCACCAAAAGAUGAGGAGGAGGAAGAGGACGGAGAAGAGAAUGGAUUAAUGGAGGUGGAAGAUGAAAGUGGAGCAGAGGAAAAGGAAAAAGGAUUGCUGAGUUCAGGGCGACACCACAUGCUGCCGCUGCUGUCGUCCCUGUCCUCUCUGGUUUUGUACCUGCGUCGCCUCCAGCACUCCGCCUUCCUGUCCCUGACCCGCCAGCUUCAGUCUGCAGAGGCCUGGCGCCUCCUCUGUCACUCCAGCCUCGCUCUCCUCAUCCUGUACAACCGACGACGCGAGUGCGAGGUCUCCAAACUGACCAUCACAGAAUACUGUGCUCGUGUCACGCCCCACAGCCACGCCCCCGUCUCAUCCGGUGCUUCUUCUGCUCUCACGCCGCUGGAGGCUUCCCUCUCACCUUUUGAGCGGCUGGUGCUGCCUCACCUACCCAGAGUUGGGGUUCAAGGUAAACGCGGUCGCAUCCAGCCUCUCAUCCUCCCCCCUCACUGUGAGCCCUGCCUGGAGCUGCUCCUGCAGACGCGGCACGGCGUUGGGGUUGACCCCGCAAACCCGUACAUUUUCGCCAGACCCUACCAUUCACCGGCCACGCCGCUGCGUGGAACCGACCUUCUCCGCAGUCUCGCUCGUUCCAGCGGCACCCGCAACCCCCGCGCCCUGACCCAGACCAGGGUCCGCCGCCAGGUCGCGAUCUUAACUCAGCUGCUGCUGCUAGGAGAAGGAGAGGAGCCCGGGCAGAUGGUAAGCAGCACCGCAGAGAGGCUGGAACACUUCCUGGAAAGAGAAUACCAUGUGACACAGAACUGUGCUGGGAUUGGUCAAGACCCGGGGUUAAUGGGAAGGGUGGGAAGAGUUGUGCUGUGUGGAGAACGGGACGGAGUUCUGUUCAGAGGAAUGAGCCUGACUGACAUUUGUCUGGAGCUGGACGUGAUGUCAGGAAACUCUGCAGACUCCUUCUCGGAGGGAGAGUCUGAAGGGGAGCACAGAAAGGAGAAGCUGGAGAUGCCCUCCGCUGUUCCCGCUCUGAACUCGCCAUCGGCACUGCUGUACGUCAGGAAGAGCAAGAACAACGGCCGGGUGGGACGGCCCAAGAAGCUCAAGAGCAUUCAGCCUCCUGCUCCUCCCCUUCCAUCUCAACUUCUUCCUCCACUUUCUCCUGGAAACCGCAGAAGAGGCACAGGGAAGCGGGGUGUUCUGAAGCGCCCGUGGUCCGAGGCAGAGCGAGCAGCAGUGGAGGAGCACCUGACUCAGAACAUCAAUGAACUCCGAGUCCCCGCCAAGGCCGACUGCGAGCGCUGCCUGCAGAAGUGCCCCCUGCUGGUCAACAACCACCGCGACUGGCGCGCCAUCAAGUUCUACUGCCACAACCGCAUCCAGCUGCUGAAGAAGAACCUACGGCGGGAGAGUCAGCCACAGCCGCAGCCCCUCACCGUCUGCUGAGGGAGAAUCUCAAAACAGAAAAAAAAAUCACUCCCCACUCAGAUGUUUUGACUUUCAUCUGACACCGAAUUACAUUUAUUUUUAAGCCUUAAAAAAAAAAGGUCUGUGCUUUACUUUAAGGUCUUUAUGGUGACAGCAGGAACAUUUCCAUGUAUGGAGAGAUUCCUGUUAUGUUGCUGAUCUGAUCCUGGAUGUGAGAUGCACCACAAAGGACUUACAAGUCUGAAACUCUGGCAGCCCACAGUCUUGUAUAUGAUUUUUUUUUUUUAAUCCUUCUAAAAUGAGAGACACUAUUCUAAUAAUCGGGUGGCAGCUGAUCCUAAAGGUGUUGUUUUGAGUGUUGUGAAGUAGCAUUUGUGUUUAUGCAUUAGAAGAAAAAAAAGGCUGAUUUUGGUCACACUUUAUUUCACUUCGACUUUUCUCCGAGACUCUGGUAACGAGUCCUCCCCUCAGAUAAGCUAGCUCUCUUCCUUCAGCGAUGACUCUGUUUUCACGACACUUUGACCUUUUGUGUGAGUUGAUGAAUGAGCUUUUACUUUGUUUCUUUUUGGAUGAAAUGCUUUAGAUUGAGCUAAAAAUCACUAAACAUUUAUAUUUCUGAAGCUGUUCUCUUGUUUGCUUUCCAGUGCUGUCAGAUAUGUGUUGUUGUCCUUUUGUGUGCGUGUGUUACUGCCUGUUGCACAGCUGUUCGAAGCAUUAGGAAGUUGCUAAAGGCCAAUAAACUGGAUAUCACUUUAUGUGCGGAGAGGAACAUUUCCGCUGAUUGUCUAAAAGGUGCAGGAUUUGUCAGAGAAGAGAUUGUUCUGGGAUGCCUCUUUAGUUGUGUUUUUUUGUGUUAAUGUUUAAAACAAAUACAAUUCCUCUUGUCUUUUUCCAAACCCGAUCAUGCUACACAAGUUCCACCAGACGUCUGUUUUGGGGUUUCAAGUGACGGACUCAAACUUUCACAUCACCUCAAAGCAGAUACUUGAAUUUUUAUUUUUUAUUUUAUUUGAUUAAAUGCAUCUUCUCUCUUGCUUA